GCGGAACAGGGUCCGCAUAAAUAACUUGGCCGUAAGAAGCCGAUAAAAUUGUGGGUAACAACACUGACGCGCCAAAGCAAGUAGAUAAUGUCGAAACUGUUCCACGCUAAUCGCAAGCAGCGCCGUGGACAAUCGGGAACUGGGCGGGGCAUUAUCAGAGUGAUAGUAGCCUUUGCAACAGCUGAGACCACAGAGCACAGGCAACGUUUGGGAGUUUCCGCAGAAGCGUCGGCACAACGUUUCCCAGUCGACGUACGCGCUGUUUGCCAUGGAUUCUCAAGACCAGCAGUACACGCUGUGCGGUUUUACCGAGGAACUGGACUGGAGACCUGUGCAUUUCGCCGAGCGUAUUCCUGCGCACAGAAUAUGCAGCGCGUGUGGUGUGCUCCCCAGAGAGACCGUUUUUCUGCCCUGUCGAGACGUGCUGUGCAGAAGCUGCUACGAGCAGUGCCAAGUCACCGAAGGAUACGCCUGUCCACUCGACGGUGACCAGUCUCUUCCAGAAGAGGCUGAGUGGAGAGACUUUCCUUUGGAGAACCUGCUCAGGCGGAAGGUAAAAUGCUGGAAUGAAGAACGUGGCUGCGACAUGAUUUUAGCGGCGUCAGAGCUUACCAAGCAUUUCUGCAAUGACUGUGACCACCACUCUAUGUUGUGCCCUAGAUGUUCAAAGCUCGUGCUCCGUAGUAAUGUGGCCGGGCAUUUACAGAGCAAAUGCCAAAACUAUGCAAUGCCUCAGACCUCCUGGGCUCUAGAGAAGUCAGACAAUGACCAAAAAGCAAUGAUGGUUGUUCUUAAUGCAAGCUUAGACGUGCGAGUAGUUGAAAUAAAAGACAGGCUAGAUGCACUUAUUAAUGAUCAUACUGUACAAAAUGAUGCGCUAGAUGAAAUUUCACAUUGCAUGAACACGGUCAAAGAGGCUUUGCUACAAAGGUCAAGCGUAAGUAGUACACUGGAUCACGUUGCUGUACAAUCUACAGUUACUUUAACGUCAGUUAGAGAGGUCGAGGAAACUUUGAUGGACCACAGCGACGAGGCGCGUGUUCUUGCAAGUACCAUAGCCGAUUCAGUUAAAGAGUUGAAGGAAUGUUUAGUAGACACGUGGCGAACUGUCAACCACUUCAAAGAAAACAACACGGGAAGCAUGUUGCAAGCGGAGUUGACAAGAAUAUUGGCUGCGGAUAGAGCUGAGCUCACGAAAACUAACGAAAGUGUUGAUGCGCUGAAGGAAGCCUUUCGGCAAGUGUUGGAAGGUGCGGCAAGGACAAUCUGCAGAAAGUGCGGAGGAAGUGCUGCUGGCAUUGGUGAAGUGAAGGAAACUGAAAUGGAAGGAGAGAGCACAUUGAAUAAAGAAAAAGAAAUGGCCUUCAACACGAUUAACUCUACCCGAUAUGAGUUUCUUGUUAAGGAAUUCAAGGCAAUGAAAGACAGCGCCUAUUCAAAAGGCUUUCAUUUUUACUCGAGUGAAAAGAUAUACAUAUCAGGCUAUCACUUGUCGCCGGGAGUGUGCCUCAGAAAAGAUGGAGAUCAUGUGUUACUGCAUCCUCUUAUUCAGCUGCACAAGGGUGUUAUCGACGAAUUUCUUCAGUGGCCUUUCAAUAAGAAAAUUCAGAUGACCGUCAAACAUAUAUCCCAAAAGAAACAGUGUCAGAUGGUGGAUAGUACUAAUGGUAAACUUGCUUACUUUAGAAGACCCGAAGUAUCAAGUAACCAAGCUGCUUAUUUCCAAAUAUAUUCAUUUGACUUAGAUGAUCUGGAUCGUGAAGGCUACAUCACGGACGACAAGCUUCAUAUUGUCUGGGAGCUUCUUCCGAAAGAAGCAACAUAUUAAAUACAUGUCGUUAUAUUUCCUGGACGCAAACGUCGCUCUUCUAGAUGCCUUUGUUGAAGGCAAAAUCAAGCGUCUUGCUGUGCUUUGUCCACUAUUAUUUCAAUAUGUACAUGUCUGCACGACAUCAUUUUAGUAUGGGUUUCUAAUAUUGCAUCCGAGCUGGAUUAUAUUACUCUCAAAACGAUUCCGCCGUAGGUGACUCGCAGUCGCUAAGAAUUUUAAAAUAUUCUACUGUGGUUAUUAGUUCAUUGAUACGCAAGCAAUAAAGCCAUGAACAUUAAUGCAA